AUGGAGAAACCCACAGAACCUGAUGACACACAAACCAAGCAACUCACAAGUCUGAAGGUCUCACAAAGAGGAAAACAAGUGAUAUUAGCCACAGCACAGAUAUGCUUGAAAGAUAGCAGUGGUUCUCUCGUACAACUCAGAGCCCUUAUUGACCAAGGCUCACAAGGAACCUUCAUUACGGAGUCUGCAGUGCAACUACUGCGACUGAAGAAGACUUUGCAGCCAGCUAAUAUCACAGGUCUCGAAGAUCAAGCGUCAUUGCCACGACACGUCGUUAACUUAGAUAUUUACUCACCGAUAGACACUCACUAUAUAAUGCAAGUUAACGCUCACGUACUCUCGAAGAUAAAUGGUUGGUUACUCUCAAAGGAGUUUGACAUCUCACAAUGGUCUGCCCUGUCCCAAUUGCAACUAGCGGAUCCUCACAUGCAAUCGCCGGGACCUAUUGAUGUUCUACUGGGCGCCGAGGUCUAUGCAUUUAUUUUGCUAGACGGACUUCACAAAUAUAAUGAUGACAAGCUUAUAGCACAAAACUCGAAACUCGGAUGGUUUGUCUCUGGAGCGUCUAAAUCACGAAGUGAUCUGCCACCUCACAAUAUUGUAGCUCACCACGCACUCAUCGAGGUAGAUCAACUCCUACGCAAAUUCUGGGAGACUGAAGAGUACAAGCCACAUGAGAAACCGGUAACACAUCUUGAAAAACAAUGUGAAGAGCACUAUAAAGAAACCCACUAUAGACAAGAUGAUGGACGAUAUGUCGUACGAUUACCUUUUAAAGAUGAUCACGAAAAUAACUUAGGCGACUCUCGACAGAUCGCAUUACAGAGACUAAUGCACAUGGAGAAAAGAUUCGCAAACAAGCCUAAAUUUCAGAAGGAUUAUGCGGACUUCAUCGAUCAAUAUCAGAAGCUGAAUCAUCUAGAAGAUGUAGACCCACAACAUAAGCCAACUCACAAAGUCUAUCAUCUCCCCCACCACGCUGUGAUAAGAGAAUCCAGCAGCACAACAAAGCUUCGCGUGGUCUUUGAUGGAACUGCACAGCCGUCAAAUGGCUCAUCUCUGAACGACGAGUUACUUAUUGGACCAUCACUAUUACAAGACUUGCGAGAUCUCAUUGUUCGUUGGCGUACUCACAAGAUUUGUCUGCUUGCUGACGUAAAGCAAAUGUAUCGCCAGAUACUCGUCGCUAAAGAAGAUGUUGACUAUCAGCGCAUACUGUGGCGCUCAUCUCCACAAGAUGAAAUCGUCGAGAAACGUUUGUUAACUGUGACAUAUGGUACGUCAUGUGCUCCGUUCCUCGCUAUUCGCACUUUGAAGCAGCUUGCACAAGACGAAAAAGAGCAAUUCCCAGACUUAGUUGAAAUUAUAAGUAAUGACUUUUAUAUGGAUGACUUACUCACUGGUGCGAAUGACGUGGAACAAGCAACUAAGUUACAGAGUCGUAUCACACAAGCUAUGGCAAAAGGAAAUUUUGAAAUGCACAAAUGGGCAUCCAACAGUCCUGACGUGUUGAAAAAUAUUCCUAGUUCGGAAAAAACUAAUCAACCAAGUGUCGAGAUUAAGCUUGAUGAUACCAUCAAAGCGUUAGGUAUCAAAUGGAACUCACAUCACGAUGUCUUCGAACUUAAGGUAGAUUUUUCGGAACCCACAGAACGCUUCACCAAAACGUAUGUUCAACCUCAAGACAACAAGACACAAGACAAGUCACACGACCUCUUUGCAAGGAAUUACAUCACUCAUGGCUGA